AUGUCUCAUGAUGCAAAUGAUGAGGAAUUUACAUCUUUUAGGUAUCUUGUUGCUUUUCGAUCUAUUGGAAGUAUAGACGCUAACAUUGGAAAACAGAUUGAAGCUGAAGCCAAAGCCUAUAAUGAAGCAAAAAAUCAUGAGUAUUGGUCCAGUAAAUUCAAUCAAAAUCGAGAAUGUCUUUUGAUAUGCAUUUGGAGUAGUAUAGAUGAAGCAGUUGAAGAAAGUAAAAAACCUUGUUAUGCUUUUUUAACAGGAUUGGCUAGUGCGAAUUAUGAAACAUAUCAAUUAGAGAAGUACAAACUGAAAAAGACAAAGG